GGCCCCCAUUGUCUGGUUCGGCUUAGGUUCCGAAUAGCACCUUUAACUACGGCGAAUUCUUUUUCAGCCCGUCUUACAUUGCAGAACCUCGUGAUCAAAAGAACCCGUCUUCUGUUCCUGUCCACAUAUGUUUUGCUUCCCACUUUCAUCAUCAUAACGUCUGUUGUCACUCGCCAUAGACUUUCCAUGGCAAACUCAUAGCCUUUCUCAAUCACCCGUUCUGCGCCACCCGUUCAGCCUUAAUUGUACCUUUGUCUCGAUUUUGUCAAUGCCAACAAGCAUGGCGCAAGUCCAAGGCCACUGCUCUGAGCGCUUCCAAGAAGUCGCAUCCCUCUUCCAGCAAUUCCUUGACUCAGGCGAAGAGAUCGGCGCCUCCAUCACCGUUAAUGUAGAUGGCGAAGAAGUCAUAAAUCUCUGGGGCGGCUAUGCGAAUGAGGACCGUAAUCGGCCCUGGACUGAGAACACAAUAGUCCCCGUCGCCUCGUCCACCAAAAUGGUCUCGAGUCUCGCCGUACUCAUGCUCAUAGAUGGCGGCGCCAUCUCGGUCAAUGACAAGGUGUCCAAGUACUGGCCCGAGUUUGCCGCCAACGGUAAAGAGAACGUCGAGAUUCGACAUCUACUCUCGCACACUUCUGGUGUCGCCGGGUGGGAUGAUAAGAUUACUAUGGAGGAAGUCUGCGAUGUUGGUCCGUCGACAGCUAAGUUGGCCGGACAAGCACCCUGGUGGGAGCCUGGCACGGCGUCGGCAUACCAUGCUUGGAAUUUCGGUCACCUUCUUGGCGAGAUUGUGCGCCGUGUAACGGGGCUGAGUUUGAAACAAUUCGUCGCCGAGAGGAUCACCGGACCAUUAGGAGCCGAUUUCCAGAUCGGCUUGUUGGAGGAAUCCUGGCCUCGCGUCUCUGAGUUCAUUGCUCCGCCCCCACCGGCGACCGCUCCGGACUUCACACCUGGGCCCCUUUUCAUGAAAGCGAUUGGGAACCCCAUAAUGCCGUCUGGAUUCGGAAAAACUCUGGCCUGGAGGAAUGGCGAGGUUGGUGCUUCGAACGGAUACGGCAAUGCCCAUGCAUUGAAUACAAUCUUAUCGACCAUCACACUUGCGGGCUCCGAGAAUCUCGAUGAGAACAAGCGCUUGCUGUCUAAGUCCACGGUCGAUUUGAUCUUCGACGAGCAGUCUCGGGGUAUUGAUCUCGUCGUCGGGGUGACUCUCCGUUUCGGCAUCGGGUAUGCUCUCAGAGGAGAGGGAGAUACGUGGGUUGAUGGGUGGUUUCCGAAGGGCAAAAUCGCAUACUGGGGUGGUUCGGGUGGCUCACUCGGUCUUAUGGAUGUGGAUCGCCAGGUCACUAUCACGUAUGCUAUGAACAAGAGGUCGAAUAAUCCCAUUGGUAAUACAGCGUCUAAGGCGUAUGUGGAGGCGAUCUACAAGGCUUUGGGGGUCGAGGUCAAGUAGCUGAUUGGCACUGCAUAUAAAAGGGUGAUCCGGUCGGUCUUCACUGUUCGAAUGUUUGAAGAAAUGUGUUUUCAUUUGUUGCUAGUGCUGAUCUUACACGAUUUCAAAAUAACGCGUAGUAUCCUCAGAUCGAAGGGUCAUGUCGGACUGCACCAUCCUUUGACUUCCAACGACUGUAUUUUCCGUUUACGGCUACUACAGCCAGUCGACUGAUAAUGGAAGGACCCUGCGCACCAAAACCUUGGAAACUGCCCGCUGCUAGAACUUCAGGAACCAAACGUCUGGUGCGUCAGCAACUAACUCAAGUGUGCAGCCGAAAGGCACACUUUUCUGUAUUUAAGGCUCUUAUAGCAACCUACACCCUUUGGGCGUGGAAAUCAGAG